UGGUGAGCUAUAUAUAAUGGUCCAGAGAAGCAAUCCAUUCACCGCCGCAAACUGUUGACAGGCACAGAAGACAUUUCCUAUCUGCCCUGAAAGAACAGAAAUGAUUCUACUCGCUGUACUCCUGGGCCUGGCUGCUGUGCUGCAGCAAACAACCGGACAGGAACCAGGUGUUGAUGCCCUGUCCACUGACAAAGCAGAUCAGCAAAAGGAGAUUGUUGACAAGCAUAAUACCCUAAGGAGAGGGGUGAACCCAACUGCUAGCAAGAUGCUGAGGAUGGAAUGGAAUGCUGAAGCUGCAAAGAAUGCCAAGAAUUGGGCAAAUCAGUGCACUUUAUCCCACAGCCCCCAAGAGCAAAGGACCACUACGGUGGGAUGUGGUGAAAAUCUCUACAUGUCAAGUGCACCCAAUUCCUGGUCAGAUGCCAUCCAAACCUGGUACAAUGAGGUGGAAAAGUUCAUAUAUGGCACUGGGGCAAAUCCACCAGAAGCAGUGAUAGGCCAUUAUACUCAGGUGGUUUGGUACAAGUCUUACCAGAUUGGAUGUGCAGUUGCUUAUUGCCCUGACAAAGAAUACAAGUACUAUUACGUUUGCCAGUACUGCCCUGCGGGGAAUAUCCAAGGCAGAAUGAACACACCAUAUAAAUCAGGGACACCGUGUGGCGAUUGCCCUGAUGCUUGCGACAAUGGACUAUGCACCAAACCUUGAACAUAUGAAGACAUUUAUUCAAACUGUCCUAAUUAAAAAAAAAAGCAUGUGAAAACCCGUUGGUCAAGGAAAAGUGCUUUGCCUCCUGCUGUUGCAACACUGAAAUAAAAUAACAGCCUCUGAUUCCUCCGUUCAUGGAAAUUCUGCUUUCUAAUAACAGAAUCUUUUAGAAAAUUAGGGUUAUAUUU